AUGCCUGUCAUCAGCCCCGACAAGUUAAUUGCUUUACAGCAAGAUCCAAGAUGCAUCAGGAAUAUUUGCGUGCUGGCCCACGUCGAUCAUGGAAAGACAUCACUCACGGAUGCCCUUAUUGCUACAAAUGGCAUAAUCUCUUCAAAACUUGCAGGGAAGAUUAGAUAUUUAGACUCCAGACCCGAUGAACAAUCUAGAGGUAUUACUAUGCAAUCCUCUGCUAUAUCACUUCACUUUUCUAUGGGGAAGCGACCUGCUCCAGAGAUGCAUCUCGAGCAGGCCGACUAUUUGAUAAACCUGAUCGAUUCACCUGGGCAUAUCGAUUUUAGUAGCGAAGUCUCGACUGCAUCCCGCCUUUGUGAUGGUGCAGUGAUUCUGAUUGAUGCAGUCGAAGGGGUCUGCAGUCAAACAAUAACAGUUCUUCGACAGGCUUGGGUUGAGCGUUUGAAGUCUCUUCUUGUAAUAAAUAAAAUGGAUAGGCUCGUGACCGAACUUAAAAUGACUCCUUCAGAAGCCUACACCCACUUGAGUAAAUUACUUGAACAGGUUAACGCCGUACUUGGUAGCUUCUUUCACGGAGAGCGUAUGGAAGAAGACCUAAAUUGGCGAGAUGAGGUGGAAAAAAAGAUAGCAGAAAACACAACAAGAGAGCCAUUUCGAUCAGAUAAAGCCAAGAAUGAUGAAUUAAAUCAAACGUCCCUAGACUCCGAUAAUCUUGGUUAUGAAGAAAAAGAUGAUGGAGAUCUUUACUUUUCACCCGAAAGGAAUAAUGUCAUCUUCAGUAGCGCUCUAGACGGGUGGGCAUUUACCGUGAGGCAAUUCGCCAGCUUUUACGAGAAGAAGCUAGGAAUAAAUCGUAAAAUUAUGGAGAAAACUUUAUGGGGCGACUUUUACUUGGACCCAAAAUCAAAAAAAAUCUUGUCAUCCAAACAUCUCAAAGGUCGAAACCUAAAACCAAUGUUUUGUCAACUUGUUUUGGAACAAAUAUGGGCUGUAUACAGGGCAACUAUCGUUGGCGAAAGAGAGAAGGGUGACCAGACUAUGGUAGAGAGAAUUACUAAGUCGUUAAAUAUAACCAUCCCUACGCAUGUAACACGCUCACCGAAUCCACGAACUCUACUUUCAACUGUUUUUAGCUCGUGGAUACCUUUAUCUACUGCUUUACUUGUCUCAGUUAUAGAGUCACUACCAUCUCCCUCGGAAUCCCAAAAACUACGACUUCCUGGACUAAUUGAUACCUCUCCGGGUGCAGCGGGGGUCGAUCCCGUAUUGAGAAACGCGAUGAUAAAUUCAAACAGUUCAGCCCAUUCUCCUGCCAUAGCAUACAUCAGUAAAAUGAUUUCAGUACCUCAGAGUGAACUUCCUGAGAAUAAACAUCGAGGGAAAGUUCUGAGCCCCGAAGAAGCACGAGAAGUUGCUCGGCAAAAACGUGCAGAAAUAGCCCGAGCUCGAGCCCGAGAAGCAGACGAGGUCUCGGAUCCCUUAAAUCAUUUCGCCGUGGCCAUCGAGGGGAAGGGGCUAUCAGAUUCCACAACUUCAGAUCAAUUAGAACGAUCAGACCCUGAGGUUCUCAUUGGGUUUGCGAGGAUUUAUUCUGGUACUCUCUCUGUUGGUGAUAGUAUUUAUGUUCUCCCUCCUAAAUUCUCCCCGGAAAAUUUAAACCCUGAUUCUAAACCUACAAAAGUAACUAUAACAGCUUUGUACUUACUGAUGGGUCGCGAGCUUGAGACACUACAGUCUGUACCAGCUGGGGUCAUCUUCGGUAUCGGUGGAUUAGAAGGGCAUAUACUCAAAUCCGGAACCAUAUGCAGCCAAAUUGUAGGAAGUGUCAAUCUUGCGGGAAUCAGUAUGGGCUCUCAACCUAUUGUUCGUGUUGCAUUAGAGCCAGAGAAUCCUGCAAAUUUAGAGAGAAUGAUAAGUGGAUUGAAAUUGCUGGUUCAAAGCGAUCCUUGUGCUGAAUACGAGCAAUUCGAGAGUGGCGAGCAUGUUCUCUUGACUGCUGGAGAACUACACUUAGAAAGAUGUUUAACAGAUCUCAGGGACCGCUUUGCUAAUUGUGAGAUUCAAGCAGGCGAACCGAUUGUGCCGUUUCGAGAAACAAUCGUUCGUGCAGAUGAGAUGAGACAUCCAAUGAAUCGGGAGCUUGGUCGAGGUACGAUGAUAGCUACAACCGCAUCAAAACAAGCAAUUAUUAAGCUUAGCGUACGACCUCUUUCCGCCAAUAUAACUCAAUUCUUACGGAAAAAUUCCGAUUCAAUCAGGCAACUCAAUCUUACAAGCAAAUCGGUAGGGAGCGUGGCAAGUUCAAGUAGCAUAAGCUCCACUAAUAUACCAUCCGAAAUCAUUGAGGAAAAUGAAAAUUCAGGUGCGGUAUCGUCCUUACCACUCUUAGAGUUUAAAACACGGCUCGGUGAACUUCUCCAGUCUAUGAGAGGACCCCAAGAAAUGUAUGUCGACAAGAUAGAUAAAAUUAUGGCAUUCGGGCCACGACGAGCAGGACCCAAUCUCCUUAUUGACGCCACGGCAGGUGCUAUCUUUAGCCAAUCGCCUCAAGUCUCCACACCAGAAGAAGUGCUAGCAGUCAAAGAGUCUUUACAAGCUAGAGACUUCGGUGAUAGAAUUAGUUACGCUUUUCAACUAGCAACUGCACAGGGUCCCCUCUGUCAUGAACCUGUCGAAGGUAUCGUAGUAUUCAUCGAGGAAGUGAAGCUUGACCCUACGGCUGAUGCCGAAUCACCUAUCCAUGAAAAACUUGGUCGACUAACCAGCGAGAUAAUUAAAAUUACAAAAUCAGCUAUCCAGCAAUGCUUUUUGGAUUGGAGUCCACGUCUUUGUCUUGCUAUGUACUCCUGCGAGAUUCAAGCAAGCACUGAAGUUCUGGGAAGGGUUUACGACGUUCUUACACGUCGUAGAGGCCGCGUUUUAUCCGAGGCUUUAAAGGAGGGCACAUCAUACUUUACAAUUCAGUCUCUUCUCCCUGUCGCUGAAUCCUUCGGAUUUAGCGAUGAAAUCCGUAAACGGACUUCUGGUGCUGCUUCACCACAACUGAUAUUUCAAGGCUACGAGAUUUUAAAUGAAGAUCCUCUCUGGGUUCCCUUUACCGACGACGAUCUGGAAGAUUUAGGGGAGUUGGCCGACAAAGAAAUUGUGGCCAAACGGUACAUGGAUACUGUAAGGAAGCGAAAAGGCCUAGUGGUCUCAGGUAUGAAACUUGUCAAAGAUGCUGAGAAGCAAAAGACGCUGAAGAGAUGA